AUGGGAGGUGACAAAAUGGGUUCUAAAAGCCCCGAAGUGGAGAAGCUAAAAGAAAUAACGAAGCAGAUAUUUAUGCGUUGUAAAGUAGUAUCUUCUCAAGAGUCUAUGAAUUUAUUUGGAGUAGAUACUGGGUUGGCCGAAAUGAAAAAGCUGCUUGAUUUAGAAAUGAAUAAUAGUAAUGAUGAUGUUGUACAUUUUGUAGGAAUAGUGGGGAUGUGUGGUAUUGGUAAGACAACUCUGGCUGAAGCCGUAUAUGAUAACAUUUUAUAUCAAUUUUGGGAAAAUAGUUGCUUCCUUCGCAUUGGUAAGAAAGAUCCAGUUUUCUUACAACGACAACUACUGUCUACACUUUUGGGAGAAAAAUUUAUUGAAAUUUAUAAUGAGAAGGAAGGAGCAGAAUUGAUUAAGAGUCGUUUGAGUGUAAGAAAGGUUCUCAUUGUUCUAGACGGGAUCGAGAACAAAACACAAUUAGAAAAUUUAGCUGGAAGUUUUGAUUGGUUUGGUCCAAAGAGUCGAAUCAUCAUUACUACUAGAAAUAAAGGAUUGUUUCGUCAGUCAAAUUAUAGAAAUAAAAUAAAAGAAUACAAUGUGGAGUUACUUAGUAAUGAGAAUGCCUCUUUUCUGUUUUGCAAGUAUGCAUUGGGAGAUGGGGAUUGUGAUGAGCAUUUAAAGGGUCUUUGUGAUGAGAUUGUUAGGAACAUUGGAGGUCUUCCAUUAGCUUUGAAAGAAUUUGCAUUAUUUUUGCAUGGUAAAAGUAAAAACAUAUGGGAAGAACAGUUGGAGAGUUUGAGGAAAGCUCGAAAUAAACGUUUAUUAAACAUAUUAAAGCUAUGUUUCGAUGGAUUAGAGGAAGCAAGUCAACAAGUUUUUCUUGAUUUGGCUUGUUUCUUUCAUGGAAGUGCACAAGAUAAAAUGGUUAGAGUUCUUGAGAGUUUGGAUUACGAUGAGCCCCACACUGAAAUACAAAUGUUGUCUGAUAGUUUCCUUAUUGAAGUUACCCAAGGAAAUAUUUUUAUACCUAAUUUCAUUCAAGCUCCGGGUCAACAAAUCGAACGCAACGCAACGAAUCGAACCAGGGUUUGGAUUUGA